UUCAUAAAGAUUCUAAGAAAAUUCUUAGAUCUCAUACUUAAGUAGUAAAAAAAUUCUUAGCUAAGAAAAAUACUUAAGUAUUAAUUCAUAAAAAUGUUAAGCAUAAUUCUUAACUAAGUUUCAAUCUUAGAAAAAUGAAACACUUAAGUAGAAAUUCUAUGGCAACGCGAACGAUUUCCCGGAAUUUUACCGCACUCUCCAGCAAAAGAGGUAAAAAGUUGAGGAUAGUGAUGUCAACAACAACAUCAUGGAAUCCAAGCAGACGAAAAGAAAGCCUAAUUGGAAUGCUGAUGAAACGCUUGCCUUGGCUUCGUUAGUAGAAGAGAACAAGCAUAUCCUGAGGGGGAAAUUAGGGCCCACUUUAACCUCCGAGAUGAAGAACCGCACUUGGCAAAGUAUUGCCGAAAGACUAGCCGCGAUGGGGGUGGGUCCAGCUAGGACAGCGGUGGAAGUGGAGAAGAAGUGGCACAACGUCUUCUCCAAAUCUAAAUCUGAAAUCUCAGAUCACAGAAGAGUUGUGACUGGGACAGGCGGGGGCCCACCACCAAAACCUCUCAGCGCAGUUGCCACAACAGUGUGUGGUGUGGUAGGAGAGGAUAAUGCUUGCCUCAGUGGGAUUGAUGGUGGGAUUGACUCCUCUCUCUUGCAGAUAUUAAACAUUGGAGAAGGGAGUCAACCAGUGGGAAUCAAUGUCUUUGAGGGACCUCCUGGUAUGGAUCCCCUCAUUCUCAACUCUAGCCCUCUAGUCGCCGCAUCUGUACAAGAGCCUUCACUACCAUUAACAUCCAUGACUACAAGUUUGCAGGCCUCUGAAAAUAGAAGCAGUCAGCCUGAUUUGAAAAGGAGAAUCGAGGAGCUAAUUUGCAGGAAGUUGGAACUGGAAGUCCAGUAUAUGGAAUUAAAGAUAAAAAAAACUAAAGCAAGAGGAAUGAAUUUUAUUAGCUCACCUGAGCCGAAGGCUCAAGUGAGCUUUUCUGAUCAAAAUUUGUCCGUUGUAUGUCGUCGUCGUAAACUUUUCACAUUUUUCAUCUUCCUCUCAAGAACCACUGGGCCAAUUUCAACCAAACUUGCCACAAAGCAUUCUUAGGUGAAGGGCUUUCAGGUUUGUUCAAAUGAAGGGCCAUGUCCCUUUCAAAGGGGAGACAAUCACAAAAA